AUGGGCGUCAUAUUGUGUGGGCUCGUAAAAAAGCUCGAUUGCGUACCAUACGCGCUAUUCUACGGUUCUUUAGUUGCCUUGGCCAAUGAUGAAUAUCCUGCUAAAGGACCUUGCCCGAAAAGAAUCCUUAGACUCGAAUGUGCCACUCUCGCUGACGGUGACGUUCUUCAUACCAGGUUAGGGCUACCUGAGAUGGAUCGCUAUAUGGCUGUGUUGUUGGUUGAGUAUCUUGUUGCCGUGGAAACGGAUUAUAGUGUUUUACUCACUAGUUGUUGUCCAAGUGGGUAG